CGCCCAGCAACCAGCACACGCGUUUCCCAAUUCCCACCAAAGGCACCCGCUCUGUUUCGCUGAUUCCCUGCGCCGCUCCGGCCGUCUCCAUGGCCGCCUCCUCCUCCACCGCCGCCGCCGCCACAGCCACCGCCAUGUCUAGAACCGCCUCAGGAGGGAGCGCGCUUCCGGGCCCUCCGCCACCAACGCCAUCGAACCACCACGCGGGGCCGUCCGCCGUGGCCUCUGGGGGCACGGACGCCACGCUCUCUGCUUUCCUGCAACGCCUGCUCCUCUCCUCCCCGGCUCCGCAGCUCCGGUCGCCACUCGUCGCUCGGUCGCGGGCGUCGCCCUCGCUCCCGCCUCUCGUCUCGCUCGAGGACCCCGACCAGCGCGCCGUCUGCGACGCCGCCGACGUGGGCUACUUCCACCUCGCCGGGCACGGCCUCCCUUCCGAGCUGCCGUCCUCCGCGCUCUUCGAGCUCUCACAAAUCGACGCGUCCUCGCGUGGACAGUCGAAUCUUCGCACGCUCGGAUUCUCCGAGGAGGAGGAGGAGCAAGACCCGGACGGCGGCGCCAACGACCCCGCCGUGGUGUUCGACGCCUGCGAGGGGGACAUGGACGCGCUCCCGGCUGCUGCGGAGUACGCGCGGCGGAUGAGGGACGUGGGCAUGCGGGUGGUGGCGCUGCUGUCCGGGUACCCUGACGCGGGAUUCCGGGAGGAGCCGUUCGCGGAGGGGAGGAGGAAGGCAAGGUGCCUCGUGUGGGCUUCCAAGGUCUCCGCCGGCGAUACUGCUCCUCCGGCCGCAGGGAAGGUGAAGGCGUACCCGUACGUCGUCGGCCUUCACUGCCAAUGGGAGGCGUCCGGGAAGGAAGCGGCACCGGCGAGCUGGGUGAUGAACGACGGCGGCGAGUGGGUGGCAGUUGGCGCCCGCGACGGCGCGCUCCUUGUCACCAUCGGCGACAUUGCUCAGGUGUGGAGCAAUGGCAAGUUGAGGAAAGUGAGAGGGAUGGCUCGCCCCAACUCCGUAACCAUGGACACGCAGCAUGGCGAGACUGACCGCUUAACUCUGACAGUCCUCAUCACUCUGUCUCUGGACAACAUCAUCUCGCCCUUGGUCCCGCCCUCCAAUGCCGCCGGAGAAGCCGACGACGACCGGGACGACGAGGCAAAUGAUGCCGGAGCUGACGGAGAUGAAUGGAGGUUUCACUCUUUCCUGCUGGAGGACUAUGCGUGGAGAGUGUAUCACCAGCGGCUUCAGUUCAAGGAUCCAUUGAUCCGGUACCGGAUAUGAAAUUGCUAGGAUGAUUUGUAGCUUUGUUCUUUUCGUUUGUGUGCCAUGUACACUCAUGUGUCAUGUGUGACUUUGUGUUGUGAUCUACUGUUUGGCUUUGGAAUGGUUUGUGCACGAGUACACGACAUGAGCAAGGAAUUGCCUGACUUGAUUUUAACUGAGAAACUCAUCGUCGCAUUA